AUGAAUAUUGAGGAAGAAUCUACAAAUAAAUCACAAUUAAUUUUAUAUCAUAUACUUACUGAUUGCGAAACACAGUGGUUAAGUACUUUUUAUGCUUGGGAUCGUCUUUUAACCUUAAAACCGUUUAUUGAUAUUCUCUCUACCACCAUGAACGUAAGAAAUGUUAACUAUAAAACUAAGAAAGAUGGAAAAUGUUUAGAAAAAAUUAAUUUAGCUUCUAAGGAAUGGUCAAUUAUUGAAGAUAUUAUGCCUAUUCUAGGACAAUUCGCUGAAGCUAUAGAAAAGUUAGAAGGGAGUAAAUAUUCAACCGUGAGUUACAUGUAUCCUGCGAUACAAAAAAUAAAAUCAAAUCUAAGUCCUUUUUCAAACCCUACUGAUGACAAUGAAAAUCCUGAUGAAUUAGAUGAUGCAUUUGAUAAACGACAAAUAGAGGACGAUCUUCAUCGUGCACUAAAUUAUUAUUAUGAUGACUUGAAGCUUGAUGGACUUGUUGCUUCACUCUUGGAUCCAC